AUGACUUCGUGUGCUGACAUCUGUGGGUCCAAUCAGCCUCAAAGUACUCCAGAAGGAGGAUAUCAUCGUUACGGAGUUCGAUCCUAUCUACACCAGUUUUAUGAGGACUGCACAGCUUCAAUCUGGGAAUAUGAUGAUGAUUUUCAGAUUCAGAGAUCGCCAAGCAGGUGGAGCUCUGCAUUCUGGAAGGUCGGACUCAUAUCUGGCAUUAUCCUCAUGCUGACAGGUGUAACAGUACUAGCAGUUGGCUUUCUGGUGUCACCUAAAAUUGAAGCCUUUGGUGAAGAUGAUUUUAUCGUAGUGGAUAGUCAUGCUAUUCAGUUUAAUGGAGCACUUGAUAUUUGUAAGUUAGCAGGUGCAAUUCUGUUCUGUAUCGGAGGUACUACAUUGGCAGCAUGUCUCUUGAUGUCUGCCUUUGCAAAAAGUUACUCCAAAGAAGAAAGGUAUCUUCAACAAAAGUUUAAAGAGCGGAUUGCAGACCUAAAAGCUCAUGUACACCCCGUGACCAAAGCCCCAGCCCCAGGAGAAACAAAGAUACCUGUCACUUUGUCUAAAGUUCAAAACGUACAACCAUUAUCUGAAACUUGA